AUGCCAAACACGGAUCAUGGAAAAACCACUCUUACGGCCGCUAUCACCAAAGUACUGUCAAAAGAUGGUUCUGCACAAUUUGUUUCAUACGAUGAAAUAGACAAAGCUCCUGAGGAAAAAGCUAGAGGAAUUACAAUAAACGCUGCACAUGUAGGAUACAGCACCAAAAAUCGGCAUUAUGCUCACACAGACUGUCCCGGCCAUGCAGACUAUAUCCGCAACAUGAUAUCAGGGGCAUCACAAAUGGAUGCAGCAAUAUUAGUUGUAGCUGCCAAUGAUGGGCCAAUGCCCCAAACGAAAGAGCACUUGCUACUCGCAAAGCAAGUUGGCAUACAAUAUAUAUUGGUAUUUAUAAAUAAAGCUGACCUAGUUGAUAAUGAGCUGCUAGAGCUGGUAGAAAUUGAAAUGAGGGAAAUGAUUACGGACUAUGGUUAUGAUGGUGACAAUGUCCCAAUGAUUUGUGGCUCUGCUUUGAAGGCACUAAAUGAAGAUGAAUCGGAAUAUGGUGUACCCUCAGUCAGGAAGCUCUUGGAUGCCUUAGACAAUUUCGUGCCGUCAAUACAGAGGGAUCUGAAGUCACCGUUCCUACUGCCCAUAGACAACGCGUUUACCGUGCCCGGCAGGGGAACAGUCGUCGUCGGCACUUUGAAGCGGGGAGUGAUGAAAAAGAACGAGGAAGCGGAGCUUAUGGGAUUCGGAUUCAAUAUUAAGACCACAGUGUCCGAUAUUCAGAUUUUUAAGAAGAGCGUCACUGAGGCCGUCGCUGGUGACAAUGUCGGCGCGUUGCUCCGCAGUUUGAAAUUGAGAUCGGUCGAAACUGGAAUGAUACUGUGCGCCGCCAAGAGUAUGCAGCUAAGCAACCAUUACAAGGCGAAGGUCUACUUCCUGUCGGGAAGGGAGGGCGGCAGGAAGAAGCCGGUCUUCUCUAAGUACUCGCAACAGAUGUUCAGCGGCACUUGGAACAUAGCGUGCAGGAUUGAUCUCGAGCUAACCGUGGACAUGAUGAUGCCCGGUGACCACGGCGAGGUGUACCUGACGCUCCUCGAGGGCAUGGUGAUGUCUCCGGGCGAGCAGUUCACCAUCAGGGAGAACAACGUGACGGUAGCCACGGGAAUAGUGACGGAAACGCUCCCCAGUAUAGACGUGCCGAACGGCAAGCUCGGCAGAGUGGUGCUCUUCGAAAAAGCACCG